AUGUCUUCUCAAUCUCCUCUACCAAUUCAUUUGUGUUUCUUCCUCAUCAUCCUCUUCAUGUUCGUAAGUUUCUCAUGGUAUUCCAAUUACGAAUCUAUGUUCGAGGGUGCAUUCGAUCAUCUGAAGCUGUUUUUCAUAGCCUCGCCGGUGCUGCUACUGGUGGUUCUGCAUAUUAUCUCCACCUUCGACACCACCGGCCGUUCUCCCUUCUUUGUGCCGGAUAAUGAUUCUCCGACUGCUGGGACUCCUUGGGGCGUUGGUUUGGUUCUUGUGCUUCUCUUCUUCUUGCUUUCUUACCAGUCUGAUCUCAGGGAACGGUGGUUUCCGCUUCUUAGCUGA